AUGCUAGUAGACGCCACAGCCGGUCAUGAACUCCUAAGCUUCAUGGACGCAUACUCAGGAUACAACCAGAUCCUGAUGCAUCCAGACGAUCAGGAAAAGACAGCCUUCAUGACCAACUUGGGCAUAUUCUGCUACAAGGAAAGUUCCUUGGUAUCCGAGACGGCAGUUAGCGCAGUCCUAUUCAGGGAAGAGGAAGGCAAGCAGUCUCCAGUCUACUAUGUAAGCAAAGCUUUGCUUAAUGCAGAAACCCGAUAUAGACAGCUGGAGAAACUUGCACUUGCACUCAUCCACGCAGCAAGGAAGCUACGCCCAUACUUCCAGUGCCAUCCAAUAACGGUCUUGACCACCUUUCCACUCAAAAAAAUCCUCCACAAACCAGAACUGUCAGGCAGACUGACCAAGUGGGCGGUAGAGCUAAGCGAGUACGAAGUAACAUACAAGCCACAAACUUCCCUCAAAUCUCAGGCAGAAAGAGAACUUUGUUGUCUGACCAAGGGACAGUCAGUCGGAAUCUGGAAGUUGCAAGUAGACGGCUCAAGUAACACCAAAGGAAGUGGACUCGGACUCGUCCUGACUUCACCCCAAGGUGACGUAAUCGAACAAGCAGUCCGAUGCGGGUUCAAAGCUACCAACAAUGAAGCUGAAUAUGAAGCAAUGAUAGCUGGACUCGGACUAGCCAAAGACAUGGGAGUAAAAAAGAUCGUGGUCUUCAGUGAUUCUCAAUUAGUAGUCAACCAAAUGCAAGGUAGCUAUCUGGUCCGAGAUAACAAAAUGACAGCCUACCUCAACAAGACUAAAGAGUUGCAGUCAGUCUUCGACGAGUUCACUAUCAACCAAGCACCAAGAGGGGAGAACAGUCAUGCAGAUGCAUUAGCAAACCUUGGAUCCUCCAUCCAGACAACCGACCCCAAGACAAUACCUGUAGUAUAUCUCCAAUGGCCAGCUGUUUGGAAAGAUGAAGAAGAGCAAGUUAAUGACAUCUCCAACAACCGAACAUGGAUAACUCCAAUAGUCGAGUACUUGGAACAGGACAUACUUCCAGAAGAUAAGAACGAAGCACGUCGGGUCAAGGCUCAGUCAGUCCGCUUCACUAUUAUACGAGGUAAACUCUAUAAACGUUCAUUUUCUAGUCCAUAUUUGAAAUGCAUUAACCAUGCAGAGGCCAAAUACGUACUGGCUGAGUUGCAUGAAGGAGAGUGCGGCAACCACUCUGGAGGACGAAGCUUAGCGCACCGUGCCCUAACACAAGGCUACUACUGGCCAACUAUGCGAGCUGAUUCCUCUGACUAUGCAAGACGAUGUGACAAAUGCCAACGGUUCGCUCAGAUAUCCCACCAACCUUCGGAGCGUCUCAUCUCAAUCACAUCCCCUUGGCCAUUCAUGAAAUGGGGGAUGGAUAUAGUAGGCAAGCUUCCAACCGCACCAGGACAGAAGAUGUACAUGCUUACAGUGACCGACUACUUCAGCAAGUGGAUCGAAGCAGACUCAUUCCACCAAAUCCGAGAUAAAGAAGUAAAGGGUUUCAUUUGGAAGAAUGUGAUCUGUAGGUACGGAAUACCAAAAUAA